AUGCGAACGGCUGGCAAGCGCUGCGACUCACGCAAUUUGAGACUUCGAACGCUGAAAACCGCAGAAAGAACACCCUCAAAGCCUAGUAACAACACGGCUGAUCGACGAAGGAAGCAGUCCAAGCGGAUUCGAAGCCCCUCGCCCUCCGACCCGCUCUAUGUGGCUAUCAUGGAUUACUCGGAUCGAGUGCACAUGGACGUUGGCCGAGCAGCGUGGCCCAAGAAAAACCCACGGUGA